AUGGGAAAGAAAGAAUGGGCAACAAAAAUCAAACCCACUUCAACCCGCAGGGAAGAAACUCCAAAAUCACCACCGCCGCGGGAAGAACGGGCGCCAAGCCCACAACCACCGGAAUCGACUCCUCAGGCGCCAAUAAUGGUUUCCUUGGAUGCAAUGGCGGAAUUCCUUCGACUGCAGGACCCUAACAGAGAUUGGGCGGCGGCGCUGGCCGGUUUUAGUCAAAUGGGGGGAAAAGGGAGUAUGACCGGAGGAGCCCCAUCUGAACCGAAUGUGCAAUCCAUGGUACAACCAACUGUUUACAUUCCGAUUUCCACCGAAAUUCCACCAGAAAGAAAAUCUCCAUCAGUAACCGUACCGCCAGAAUCUUCGGAACCCUCCCAAACUUCACAACAAAGUGAUUCGAUGGAGGUUGACCCCAUAUCCUCCCAUUACGAUUCCGACUCAGAUGAACGUGAAGCGAGGAAAAGCAGGGAACAGGGGAGCCUACAGGGAGACGAUGAACCAGAGAAAACGUCGGCGGCAGGGACCGUUUCUCAAGGAACGACGAGGGAAGAGAUAGAUUUAAAUGAGACGGCCAAGAAACAAGGCCUAAUGACGGAUGACGAAUUUCGGGUGAUUUUGGAUGGAGUAAACCAGAGGGAAGAUGAUACUGCCACGAUGGUUGAGAAUCUGAACCUCACAUGUGGGGCAGUAGGAGAAGAUGAAGAAGGCAGGGUAGGAGAGAAAGAGCUAGAGUCAGUGAACCCCCAGACAGAGGCGGGGAAGAGUGAUGUGCAUGUGGAAGCAGAAGAAACAGAAGCAAGACCAGAAGGUCUGGACCUCGCAUCCAAAUCAGUAGGCCACGAGGAGCAGAGAAUUGACAAUGCCCGUACCAGCGGAGAGACCGGCCCUACUACCCAGGAUACACUUUCAACACAAGCUGAGAAGGAACCCGAAGAAGAGAAAGACGAGGAUGACGGAGAGGAAGCCAGAUAUCAAGAAAGGAAACGGAAAGGGAAAGCCCCUGUCAAGAAGAAUCCCAGCAGCAAGAGGCAGCGCACAUUCAAUACUGGCGUAGUCAUAACUGAAGCCACUCAGAGAACCCCACCAAACCGCAGAGAGUCGAGCGAUAACGAUUACACUGCCAGUGAUGAAUCCGAAUCAGAUAGCGAUACAUCCAUGGAGGAUGAGUAG